GUUUAUUUGAAACCUAGAUUUGAAGAUUAGAAGUUUGAUCCUACAUAAUAUUAAUGCAUAUGUAUACAAAUACCUUACAACUGGAUCUAGUCUCAAUUUGUGUAUCGUAAAUCACAAAUAUCUAGUCUUUUAACCAACAUAGUCAAGAGACAUAAAAAUAGUUUAUAGCAUCGAACCACCAAAGUCGUUCACAUAGGCAUCGUUAACCUCUACGCCACUGAAGAUGAGCUUCGUUUUUCAUUCGCUUCAAAAUAUUAUUCUUCAAGAUUUGAGCGAUUUUUGUAUUUUAAAAGGCUUUUAGUAUCGUUUAGACAUUUAAUUGAUUCGUGUGCUUUUUACGUUAAUUUUAUUUGCUUUUUUUAAUUUCUUGUUACUGUAGGUUGAACAUUGUUUAAAAAGAAUAAAAAUCUAUUCAGCGAGCAUAUUAGAACUUAAUAAGAUUAAAAUCAAUGGAAGGUGUUAAUAAUCUAGCUUACCAUUUCAAUGAAUCCGAUGAAAUUGUUGACAGCGAUAUUCAAAAACACAACAAUAAUAUCAAUAAAGAAGGAGAAGUUAGUCGCGAUAAUUGGGGAAGUGGAAUUGAAUUUCUAUUUUCAUGCGUCGCAAUGAGUGUGGGCUUAGGAAACGUGUGGAGAUUCCCGUUCAUAGCUCUUGAUAAUGGUGGAGGAGCAUUCUUGAUACCAUACAUUAUAGUUUUGGUAUUAGUGGGACGACCAGGAUACUACCUUGAAAUGAUUAUUGGACAAUUUUCAUCUCGUGAAAUUAUAAAAGCUUUUGAUUGUGUCCCUGCAAUGCGUGGCAUUGGUAUAGGACAAGUAAUAUGUGUUGUAUUUAUUUCUACAUAUUACUCAUCAAUUUUGGCAAUAACAUUGAGGUACUUCUUUUUUUCAUUUAAUUCUGUGCUUCCUUGGAGUGAAUGUGAUUUAGCAUGGGCAGAGCCGUGUUAUCCAUCGAGUGGAAGUUCAUCGAAUCAAACAAUCCAGGAAGGAACCAAAUCAUCAGCAGAGCUUUAUUUUUUAAAUGAGGUAUUGCAUGCAAAGCAGAACAUUAACGAUGGAAUUGGACUGCCAAUUCUUAAUCUAAUAGGAUUUUUGGUAUUGAAUUGGACAAUCGUUUUCUUAAUUCUUGUUAAAGGAAUUAAAAGUGCGGGGAAAGUUUCCUAUGUUACUGGAAUUGCACCAUUCAUUUUCCUCAUCAUUUUUCUUAUCCGUGCCUUAACUCUUCCUGGUUCAAUCGACGGAAUCAUCUAUUUCUUUAAACCAGACUGGAAUAAUCUUCUUAAACCAAGUGUUUGGUAUUCUGCAGUGACUCAAUUAUUCUUUUCUCUCAAUGUCUUUUUUGCCAACAUUGUCAUGUAUGCUUCAUACAAUAAAUUUAAUCACAAUAUUCACCGUGAUGCAAAUAUUGUAACGACCUUAGAUACUCUCACAUCAAUAGUUUCUGGAUGUAUUUCAUUUGGCAUUAUUGGUCAUUUGAAACAUGAACUAAAUGCUGAUGAUAUUACAAAAGUAUUUAAAGGAGGUCCAGGUUUGGUAUUUGUAACUUAUCCAGAAACAAUAUCAAAAUUCCAAAAUGUUCCACAACUUUUUUCGGUUCUGUUCUUUAUAAUGCUUUUCAUACUUGGAAUAGGAAGUAUCGUUGCUAUGGUAACAAGCGUGAUCACUGUCGUUCGUGAUCAAUUUCCAAAAGUUAAAUACUGGCAAGCAGCAUUAGGAUAUGCAAUAUUUGGAACGCUUUGUGGAUCGCUUUAUCUAACACCAGGUGGUCAAUCAGUCUUAGGAUUAGUAGAUCAUUAUGGCGCAACUUUUAUUGCAUUUAUUUUAGCAUUAUUUGAAAUAAUUUCAUUUUGCCACAUCUACGGUGUUAAGAGAAUUUGCAAACAUUUGGAAUUCAUGUUAGGAUUUCAACCCUCUGCAUAUUGGAAAAUUUGUUGGUAUGCUGUGACUCCGUUGAUCAUGGGAGCAAUUGUUGUUUACUCUUUAGCGUUCUAUGAACCACCAACUGACAAUGGACAAGAUUAUCCUUUCACUGCACACAUCAUUGGAUGGUGUAUCACAUUUUUUGGACUAAUUUGGUUCCCAUUGAUUAUGUUUGUUGAAAUUAACAAACAGACAGGACAAAUAAUUGAGAAAAUUAAAGCAGCAUUCCGACCAAAAGCAAAUUGGGGGCCAUUAAAAGCUGACAAUUAUGAAAAAUAUCAAGAAUUUAUCAAGAACAACUAAUUAUGAUUGAUUUAAAUCUAAACUACAGAAUUUUUUGACUGUAGACAUUUUUUAAUUAGAAGUAGUCAAUAAAAGCUCUAUGUCUAUUUAAAAGUA